AUGAAGACCUCCUAUCUUCUGACUACUUCGUUAGCUGCCAGCGCAACUGCAGCGGCCAUAUCAGAGGUCGACUUACCUAUUUCAGCAAGAUCAGGAGAAGUCGAGUCAGACUCAACUGCCGUGUUCUACCAUGAUGUGCAACCCGUUCUCGCUGGCAACGACGGUGGUGCGAGCACGGGUGGGUUUCGACUUUUUGACUUAAAUGGCGAAACACUGUUAACUGAAAAGGGCCACGAGACUCCCGGCCGAACCAAGCUUGUCACGGCCGUACACAACAUCGGCGAGAAGAGCCUUGUCGUUACCAUUGCUCAGCCCGACUCCUAUUUUAGGCUAUAUGACGCAACUACUGCCGAACAAGUAGGUGAGCCACUGGCGCGUACCUUAGGGGACUGGUCGGCUCUCUGUUCUUGGAAGAGUCAAAGCAGCGGGGAGCAAUAUCUGUACUUGUUUGGCAAAAAACAAACGGUGCAACACCUUCUAAGGGAAAGUAAUGGGACUUACGAAAUUAUCGAAAUCCAGACCUUUGAGAACCCAGUUGAGGCAACAUCAUGCGCUGUUUCUCUGUCUGCCGAGACGGUAUAUUUUGCGACCGACGAUGGCCCAGAAAUUUACGCAUUUCCAGCAGCAGAGGCAACCUCACCUCCUCAAAUCAGUGUUCUAGGAAAGGCCGAGGAUGAUGUUACGGGGCUGGCUGCUUACGUUGGAAUUGACUCAGACUACAUAUUCGUUGCCGAGAACGAUGUCAUCGCUGUUUAUAACACCUCCCUUGCACUUUUGGGUUCUAUGAAGGUUACCGCCAAUGAAGAUAUAGAAGUUAAGGGCUUGAGUGUCUAUCAAGCGUCGACACAGAAGUACCCAUCAGGUGUGGUUGCUUAUGCCACCAAAAGCGAUUCUGGGAAGGGCUUUGCUGUCAGUUCCUUGGAAACCGCAUUUAGCGGGUUGGGUCUGGAUUUGAACACUUCUUACGAUCCUCGUACGACCUCAAGCAAGUCAAACAGUCCAAUUUGCUCGGAAUGUAAUUCUAGUGGCUUCUGUCAAAAAGGGACGAGCGACGCGAGCAAAGUAUCGUGCUCAUGCUUCGCAGGAUUUGAUGGUGACAAUUGCGCAAAGUUUACGUGUCGUAAUGACUGCUCAGCGCAUGGCAAAUGUGUUGGAGCGAAUAUGUGCGAAUGCGAAGAAGGAUGGGGUGGCUUAUACUGUACGUUCAAAGUAGUACGACCAGUUGCUGAGACGGACGCCCAUGGCGGCGACGGAGAUGAUCCUGCGAUAUGGAUAUCGCCCACUGAUAAGGCCGAAUCGAGGAUUAUUACCACUACGAAAUCAGAAGAAGGUGCUGGACUGAGUGUUUUCGAUCUGGAUGGAAAACUACUCCAGAGCAUAGAUGCCGGAGAGCCGGACAACGUUGACGUGAUAUACAAUUUCCAAGCUGGGAAUAGAACUAUUGAUUUGGCAUAUGCUGCCUGUCGAACUGACAAUACUUUAUGCCUCUUUGAGAUCACCACCAACGGCACUCUACAGACCAUAGCUGGUGGUUCGCAGCCGACUAAGGAUGGCUACAAAGUUUAUGGUAGCUGCGUAUAUCGUUCGCGUAAAAGUGGCAAGCAGUAUCUUUUUGUCAACGCCAAGUCGGCCGAAUAUCUACAAUACGAGCUCUCCUGGGUUGACGACGCAUUGAAAACCACCUUGGUACGUAACUUCACUGGAGGAACCGGAGGUCAAGUCGAAGGUUGCGUUUCAGACGAGGCAAAUGGGUGGAUUAUCAUUGGCGAGGAACCUCAUGCUCUCUGGCGUUAUGGUGCAGAGCCGGAUGAUGACUCGACCGAGGGGUUCCUUAUUGGCGAAGUUGGUGAUGGUAACAUGUACGCUGAUGUUGAGGGUGUGACUUUGGUUGAAGGCCCAUCAGCAGACAAGGGUUUCAUCAUCGUCAGCCAGCAGGGUGUUAGUGCGUAUAACGUAUAUCGUCGGGCUGCUCCUCACGACUACGUCGAAACUUUCACCAUAUACGAUAACUCGGAGAAAGGUGUCGAUGGUGUUACCAACACUGACGGACUUACCGCCGUGGGCGCCGCCCUUGGUGAUGCAUUCCCGGGUGGGCUACUAGUCACUCAUGACGAUGCCAACCAGCUCCCAGACGGAGGCACAAGCGAUCAGGCGAGUUACAAGUUGGUUAGACUCGAAGAUAUACUCGGGGAAGAUUUGAUGAAAGACGUUGACGCAAACUGGGAUCCACGAAUGUAGCAGUUCAGAAAGCUCCACUAACAAAAUGUCGCGAAUGAUUCUAGGUGCAUCCAUGGAGACUUCGUCUACUUCACAGAGCUUCCUAAGCAUACCUUGGACACCUCACCUCCUACAACAUUUGUGGCAAUCAUGGAAUUGAGGGUGACAGAGAGACAUAAAAGAUAUCAUAUAGAAACAUUCUAUAAUUACCAAUCAUAUACCUACCAAAUAGUAUGGAAGAAAAUAUUACCAUCCAGCUGUACUAUCCGAAAUAACAACCUAGACAACUCGGCGGAAAAACUUGUAUACAAUAAUAGAUCUAGACAUGAUAUUACCCAAACAUCCCCUCCAAAAAAGAUAAAUAGUGAUAAAUGGCUAUAAUAGUAAGGGUUCAUAAUAAGAAAGGAAAUGAAUACAAAAAUGGAAAAACGCUGAGCUCCACCAAUCUCCCGUAUCGUUCAUUCUAGUACUCGUUUCAAUCAA